AUGUCUCGGCCGGCAGACACCGAGAAGACCUACUACAGCGUCCAACAAACCGAGCCAGAUGCCGCAGAGCCAGAUGUCGCCCAGCCAGCUACGCGAGUUGAGAAGACUAGACGAUUUUGGGAGAAGCUGAGCGUCUACAAUGUCGGAAUAUUGAUUGGAGGGACUGUCGCGAUUGCUCUGGCUCUGGCAAUUCUCCUCUUCCUAUGGGGCGGCGCGACUACGGCCAGACAGAGCGGCUUAACUCCACGCUUCUGGCGCCAAAUCGCUGGAGAGUUCUGGGCAGGCAAAGUAGUCACCUUGUGUUCAGUUGCAUUGCGCAUCGCUACUGGUACUCAACUGAGCGUGUUCGCCGCCCUUGUCGCUGCGCUCAUCCUCGAACGUGUCGGAGCCUCCACUACCGACCUUCCACAUCUUUCCAUGAUCAGAUGCUCGAAUACUGGACCUCUCUCGCUGAUGUGGAACGUAUGGCACACUAUGCGCAUCGGAUCACAACUCGGAUAUUCGGCUCUUGUAGUAGUCGCUGUCUUGAAUGCCUUCGCACUUCAGUUCACGUCGACACUCUUGCUUACCGAUUUCGACUAUUCUCCUAUCUUGUUCGAGCCCUACGAUAUUCCCGUACCUUUUGGGUUGAAAUUUGAUACGCCCAGCGGUGAUACCACUCCAUACCAAGGGGUUGAUUUUUGGCACACGGGACCUGCGAGCUACCCGCAAUUUGCCGAGUACAGCGAAGCUGGCUCUCAAAGCGAAGGUUUUGUGGAUACCGGAAAGUCGUAUCGAGGUUUUCUUCCUAUCAGGGAGCCUGAGGUACGGGCGGCAUUGCGAAACUACACUGGUGCCAUGACAGUUGUCGAUACCCGAGUCGUGUGUGUAAAGCCCACGGUAUCGAGCCUCACUGUCAGCAAUUGGAUUACGACGACGGUAUCUGGCGUCCUUCGCUGGGAAGAUACACACCCUCCCCUCAAGCAAAACGAUGCCACUGGUUACGGUUUCAACACCGACUCUGGCUACUCAUUCAACUGCACUUUGCCAAUACAUGACUCCGAAACUGGCACUGGCAAGCCAAUCGAACUGUGGGCAGUUGCUCUGUGCACGCUCGACUUUGGGAUUGUUGAUCUCACGGGAGGAUUGGGACCAGACUGGCAUCCUGAAUAUACCAUGACAACGGCUGCCAGCCUGUUGCUCAACACCACCGGGAAUUAUACUAGUUGGAACCAAUACACAACGGACAAUUCCGUCUUCGACCUCGAGCAACUUGAUUCUUCCGACGGACUGUGGGACAGUCAUGGCCGUGCAGAUGUGAGGGUAGACACGAGUCUAUGCUUCACAAAUCCGUCUCCAUAUGAUUAUCACAUCAAAUCCUGGCGUCAGGAAGAAUUCUCCGAUGCCACCCUGCAGUGGAACUCUAACAUUGGGGCUUACGAUACGGAUGAAGUUGCACGCAUGCUUGGAGUGACCAGUCGCAAUACAACGCUAGAAAGUCGAGGCUUGUACCAUCUCGAGCCCGCUUCCAAUUGGACAGCAGCACAGGUGGACGUAAAGUACGGUCCCGGUACCGAAACGGAAGACUUCGUUUGGGAUGCACUGAACCAAAAUGUCGAUAGCACCGAGGGCCAGAACCACACAUAUAUGAUGAGCUCCUAUGCGGGGUCCGGCAGCAUCCACAGAACUCAUAUAGCCGUGUUCCAGCAUAUUCUCAAGACCAGUCGUAAUCCCGCUCUCGCCCUCCAAGCUCUUUACACCAUCUUGAUGCAGAUGGCGUACUAUGAUUUCCUGCCUCAGUUCGAUGUCAAAGCCCCCGCAUCCCUGACUUCCGUUGGUUACCUGUUCGUACCGCAAGGAUGGAGGGCUUUCGGGAUAAUCAUGGGCCUAUUGGCGCUGCACUUCACUCUUCUCGCCACCGCACUUGUGCUGUUCCUUACUAAGACGGAAAUGUCGCUCCUAGGAAAUGCAUGGCAAGCCGUCACGCAGGUGAUCUCGAAGGAUACGGCGAAUGCAAUGCACCAUGGUUCCGCUAUGACCGAUCGCGAGAUGGAUGAAUAUUUAAGUACCCAAGAGACGACCGCGAGCAGAAUUCGGAUUGCUCGAUUGGCAGCAAACGGGCAAGCGGAAACGAUCACACUUCGUCGUCGCCCAGGCCAUGACAACGCCCUCUAG